AUGGGCAUCCAAGGUCUAUUGACGCUGUUGAAGGAUGUCUCUGUCAACAAGCACAUCUCCGCCUACAAGGGCCAGACGCUUGGAGUGGAUGCGUACGUGUGGCUACACAGGGGAGCGUAUGGAUGCGCGCAGAAGCUUGCCAUGGGAGUCUUCACGCAAAGGUGA